CCUAAAUCCAAAGCCCUUUAUUUCCAAAAUGUCACCGUCAACCGAAACCAAAACAGCCAUGGCCAAAACAGUCAUCUCCACCAUAGGUUCUGUCGCCGCUGCAGCGAUGGUGCUUCGCAGCGUCGCACGCGAUUACUUGCCACCAGAAUUCCAAGACUACCUCUUUUACGGCUUCCGCAGUUUCAUCAACAAGUUCUCCACACAACUAACCAUGGUGAUCUACGAAUCUGAUGGGUUUCGUGAUAACGAGAUUUACAACGCCACCGAACUUUACCUCGCCACCCGAAUUUCUCACGAGAUCCAUCGUCUGAAGAUCACCAAAAAUCCCAGCGAGAAAAAGAUCAACGUAGCCAUGGAAAUCAACGAGGAGUUUACCGAUGUUUACAAUGGAGUGAAAUUCAGGUGGUCUUUGGUUUCUAAGAAAACGCCGACGAGAGAAUACUACAAUAACGAUGAUAUGAGCGGAUCUUCCCGAUCCGAUCUUCGAUUUCUCGAGCUUUCAUUUCAUCGGAAACACAAGGAUCUGGUGUUGAACGAGUACCUUCCGUUUAUAAUCAAUGACGCGAAAACGAGGAAACAAGAAGAGAGAAGCGUGAAGCUAUUCACCAUCGAUACGAAGACGGUGUACUCCGGCUAUCCAACGGUGUGGACGUCGGUGAAUCUAGAACAUCCGGCGAAUUUUGACACGUUGGCGAUGGAUACAGAUAUUAAGGAGAAGGUGAUGAAGGAUCUGGAUAGGUUUAUACAGAGAAGAGAAUAUUAUCGGAAAGUCGGAAAGGCGUGGAAGAGAGGCUACCUGUUGUAUGGUCCACCGGGAACGGGGAAAUCAAGCUUGAUCGCUGCCAUGGCGAAUUACUUGAAAUUUGACAUCUAUGACUUGGAGUUGACUGAUAUAAAGUCAAACUCGGACCUGCGGCGGUUGUUGGUGGCAACGGCUAACCGGUCCAUACUGGUGGUGGAGGACAUUGAUUGCUCGGUGGAGUUGCAUGACAGGGUUGAAGCAGAAGCGGCGAAAUCUUUAGCGAAAGAAAUGCGACGGCGAGGUUAUCCGGAAGAACGUAAGGUAACUUUAUCUGGAUUUCUCAAUUUUAUUGACGGAUUAUGGUCAAGUUGUGGUGAUGAAAGGAUUAUCAUAUUUACCACAAACCGAAAAGAUAAGCUCGACCCUGCACUUCUUCGCCCUGGUCGUAUGGACAUGCACAUCAAUAUGUCAUACUGCACUCCAUGCGGAUUCCGGUUGCUCGCCUCUAACUAUCUGGGGAUCACUGAACAUGGUCUUUUUGAACAAAUUGAGGAUUUGAUUAGCAAGGUGGAGAUUACCCCGGCUGAAGUAGCAGAGCAACUACUGAAAGACGAUGAUCCUGACAUUGCUCUUGAGGGCCUCAUUGAUUUUUUCGAUGUGAAGAAGAAGGAGAAUGAAGAGGCCAAAGCAAAGGCAAAAGAAGAAGAAGAAUUGGCCAAAGCAAGGGAAAAUGAAAAAGAAGAAGGAGAAGGAGAAGAAGAAGAAUCAGCUGCAAAUGAGAAUUGAAAGAAGAAAUAAGUUUAAAAAAUAGAUGAUUAUAUAUUUUAAAAUACUAGUUGUGAGACUCGUAUGUUAUACGGGUUUAGUAAAACAAAAAAAUAUACUCCCUCCGUCCCAAUAUUAUUGUCCACAGAUAAAAAACACACA